AUGGCCACCUUCACUAAAUUCACCUCCCUACCACCAGAACUAAUCAUCCUCGUCUCCGACUACCUCUCCGUGCAAGACCUAUGCCACCUCUCAGCGACGUCUCGUCGGAUCAACCAUCUUCUCCGCCCUUGUCUCCACCAAGCAGGCAAGCUCUACGCCCUCGCCAGCCCAGCCGACUACGAGAAAUGGGCCCUCCUAGCGACGACAGCUGGUGGGCGUCGAGCCAGACAGGAAAAACACCCCGUUGAACCACUAGUCACCUGCAUCGUGGAUGGGCGGUACGGAAGCGUGAGGAAAUUCCUCGAGUUUGGCGUCGAUCCGAAUGCGUAUACGGUUACGGGGGUGAGGAUGUUGAAGUGUGCGUUGUAUCAUUUCCGAUUUGAUAUUGCGGAGCUUUUGCUGGAGUUUGGGGCAGAUCCGUGUCUGGGGGAUGUGGGACAGAGGGAUAGUGCUGUUCCGUUGGGUGCUGCGGCGACAGCGGGCUCGGAUGAGAUGGUCAAGAGACUCAUUGAGGCUGGGGCGGAUGUUACUGGACCUGGGGUGAUGCAUGCGGUUGCGGAGAAUUGCGCUCUUGGGAUUGUCAAGAUGGUUGUUGAGAAAGGGGCGGAUAUCUGGGAGGUUGAGGAAGGGGGAACGGUUCUUCAUUCUGCGGUGAGGAAUUCCGAUCAUCGAGUGACGGAGUAUUUGCUCGGGUUGGGACUGAGAGAGGUUGUGUCUGCGAGGAAGCCGAAUGGGGAGACGGCGUUGUGGAAUGCGUGUUAUGCGCAGAACCCCAAGACGAUUCAGUUGUUGUUCGAUGCGGGGAUUGUUCUGACUGCGAGGGAUCGAUGGGGUGGAACGGCCGUUCAUCAGGCUGCGCUGAGCCGUCAGACGGAGGCAGUCAGGUUCAUGCUCAGGGCCGGAGUGCGCAUCAAUCUCGCUGGGGAGAAUAGGGACUCCGAAUUGCACUAUGCCGUCAACGGGGGAGAUUGUGAGAUUAUCCAGCUGCUGAUCCGUCGCGGCGCAUGGGUGAACUGGCCGAAUCGGUUUGGGGAGACGCCGCUGCAUCUGGCAGCCAUGUACGACCGCGGAGACAUCGUCGAGGUAUUGUGUGCUGUUGGCGCGGACCCGACUGUCAGAGACCGCCACGGCAGGACUCCCAUCGACCUGGCUGUUGAGCGUUGUCACGAAGAUAGCGUGCGGACCAUGCAGUCUCCCUGGCAGGCGAGAGCAUGGUUGUGA